CCUGUUUGUGGUCCAGUUGCCUCCUCGGGCGCCGCAUCUCUCUGGUGUCGGCGGAUGAACGAUGUGCGGAGCAAAGCGCCGCUGAUACAAUGGCUGUGGAAGCUAUCCAUUGUAAUCUUAGCCAGAAUGGUGUGGAUCAUGCUAUUUGCACUGAAGAUGUGAGUCUGCAAGUAUUUGAUGACCCAGAGGUCUUGACUUCAAAUGAUGAGAAAAUUUCAAAGACAGUGGAAUCAAGUGAAAGUCCAAAAAGUCCUUCCGUGCCAGAAACUGAGACAACCAAGUCCCAACCUGGGCAAGUGAAGCUGAGCAAACCAGUGGCUCUGUGGACUCAGCAGGAUGUUUGCAAAUGGUUGAAGAAGCACUGCCCCAAUCAGUAUCAUACCUACAGUGAAUCCUUCAAACAGCACGACAUAACAGGUCGGGCACUUUUGAGAUUGACUGACAAGAAGCUGGAACGAAUGGGUAUCGUUCUAGAGACUCAGCGGCAACAUGUCCUGCAGCAAGUCUUGCACCUGAGGGUCCGAGAAGAAGUUCGAAACUUACAGCUACUUACACAAGCCUCACUGGACAAUUCACCAUAAGUGUAUGUUACUGAAGCUACUGUUGCUGCUGCUGCUUCUAAUGCUUCACACAAAGAUGAGGAAAACUGGCUCUUCACUCACUGCUCCUUAACAGCAAAUCUCCUCCCAACACAAAUGGUCGUCUUUGGUGCCAGAAAACUGAGAUUCUGAAAUGUUUUUUCCAGAAACUUUUGAGAACACGUGGAAUUUGAGGCUCGAAUGGUGUACAUUCCCUAAAUGUAAAUUGUUGAACUCCUUUUAAAAAUGGGAGGAAUUUCCAUUAUUUAAACUCUGAUAUACAAAAAGGCUCAACAGAGCUGAUCCUGAUGGUGGUAUAAGAUCAGGCUUUAGUCAGCAGUAAUGGCUCCAAAUGUGAUUUCUGCUUUCAGUUCUUCCUCAUGGUGUCAGAAGCCAGUGCUUAAUUGUAAUUGAAGAAGAGCAAACAAUAAGAAUGAAGUACUGUAAUAUUUAUAUAAAUUUCAAUACUGUAGUAUGGGGUUGAGGGGGAUUGCAGGGGAUAGGUUCUAGCCCUAGGAACAAAAUAGUUGAAGUACUGAAUUAUAAUGCUGCCUUUUAGAAUUAUCAGUUUUAGGCCGUGGAGCUUGGUAUCAGUAUCUACACUGCAUCACUUUUCUUCAUUCAUUGUUUGUUAUCGUUCACUUCAAAAUCGUAGGGUGUUGGGGCUGUUCAAAAGGUUACAUUCAGUUUGUGACAUGAUCAUUGAUGUAUGCUACAGAUUUGCUUCCUCCAAAGCAUACAUAUAUACAAACACACACACAUCUUUUGUCUACACUCCUUUUCUACUAUACGCCCCAGAAUAAUGUUGCUUUCCUUCCCCAUCUAAAAAAAAUAAUAAUACAAUCUUUACAUCCUUUCCAU